AUUUUGCAGAGGUUUGUUGGCUUCACAGACUCGGCAACAAGUUGCGAAGAUGGUUCUGAUCAGCCUGAGCGUUGUCACGCGUGAAAUAGUGACUCUAUGCAGACAGCUCGGACAGGCGGUACGAUAGGCGGGGGAAGCAUGGAAGACGAAUCACACUGAAUCGUGUGUGUACUCAGGUGUCGGAGGCGUAUGCAGCGUAUGUGGCGACAACGCUCCUCAACCCAGCAACAGGCAUGCACAUUCAUGGGAAAACAGAGAGAGGGAGAGAGAUACAGACAGACAGACAGACAGACAAGCGAAAUGGGGCCUCAUCGAGUCAUGUUGUUUCAGGCACCUUUUACGUGGACAAGCCUUUGGAUGAGCCCCUGGCCAGGGCCCUCAUCGAGGGGGCGGUGCAGCAGAUUUUCGCCAAGGGCGACCCGCACACUGAGAUCUUCCGUCUCCAGGCCACCUAUGACAGCACAUUCCUCGACCUGCAGCAGAAGCUCACCGCCUACCAAAACACCGUGGAAGACUUUGAGGCCAACCUCAUUACCAACAUUGCGGACUCCUUCACAGAGAGCCGCAACGCGUCCACGAGCGAGGGGCUUGAGGCGCACGCCACUGUCUACAAGAAGGUCUACCGGCUGCUGCUCUCCCGCGCGGGCCAUCUGGAGCCGCUGACCUUCGACGGGACACCGAGUGGCGGAAUGCAUGUGCGGCACCCAUCGCCUAAGCCCAAGAGCACCGGCGCGGUGGAAAGGGAGGUCGCAGCUGCUCUCGAAUCGGUCUUCCCGCGUCUCGGCUUGCGUGCGUUCCUUUCUCUCACUCCUGGGGAGAGAGCCACGCAACUGGGUGAGCUGGGCAACAUUGUGCUGGGCAUUCGGCUGUUCAACCAGAAUCUGGGCAAGGGCGGGGCGGGCUUGCCCGUCCUUGACGACAGCACCUGGCCGGAGGAGGCCCGGGGUUUCGAGAAGGAGCUUCAGAGGGAGCUUGACCAGACAGAGGGCGUGUGUCAGGACCUAGUGGAGGUGUUGCUGUACACCAAAGGCAAGGAAUUCACCGUGACAGAUGAGGACGACAAACAGGAGGCGGACAAGCUCGUGAUCGAGCCGUCUUCCCGCAUCCGGCAGCUCAUGUACACGCGCCAGAUGCAGGCCUACCUCGGCAGCCUCCUGGAGGAGGUCUCUGGGGCAGUGGAUGCGCUGUCCGGCAGCCAGCAGGAGUUCCUGCAGGAGCUGCAGGAGCUGAAGAUCAGCGUGGGGGCCAAGACGUCCGUGCCCAAAGAGCUGGUGUACCCCAAGUUCGACACGCUCGCCCGACUCUUCCGUGUCUGCCUCAGCCACAGGAACGUCGUCAACUCAAGGUGAGUGACCAGACUCUUGUAUCCGGGUCUUGUGCUUCUACGGAAAUCCCUGCGCGUGCAUGCAGGAGCCCAUUGUUGAAGCUCCUGCGGGCUCAGCGUAGGGACUACUUUCCGGAGGUGCCGCGAGGGUUGCUCGACGCUGCGGCUGCCGCAAAGGUGACUGACACAGGAACACGUGUAUGUGAGAUCAGUCAUCUGUGCCCUCCCUGUCCUUGCUGCAUGCAUCUGCAUCAGGUGGACAUGUCUCCUGCGGAAGCAUUCAGGCAGCAAGUCGGAAAGGUAAGGCUGGUUGGCGGCCCGAGAAGCGACCAACAGACUCUUGCUUGCGCUUCAUUCUGCUUCUUUCUUUGUCGCAGGAGGACGCCUUGCCCGAGUUGCCAGAGGGCACCGAGGCGCUGGAGACACCCGUGCGGCUGACUAUGGAAAACACACCUGACUUCAUGCAGCUGCCAUUGGACUUCCAAGUAGGGGCUUGCUUGCUUUGCUGCACCAAGGAAGGCAGCGCAGCAUCACUGUGUGCGUGUGUGUCAUGGGUGCAGGGUUUCUGUGUGUGGUGUCUUGUAAGGCGGAGUGGCAUUCUUGUGCCGGGCAAUCCCUCACUGGGGGUGGUGCGAUACAAGGUACGUACGGUGACCAGAGUACAUGCAUCCUGCCAUUCUGUCUCUGAUCUGGCUGGAUAUCGUGUUGUUGCAUGUCAGGGUCGGUUCUGUGUGGUGUCUCACGAGAAGGCCCUGGAGGAGUUCCUGCAGGCGCCCGAGCGGUUCUUCAUCGGCAUCAGGGCUGUCUGUCUGGCGCACCCCCAGCUCAUCCACCUGCUGAGACUACACGAGGACUUCCCAAAGUCAGUAGGCUUACCUACUGGCAUUAGGACGCCGUCCCUCGCUCAUGUCUCCUUUCUCUUUCUGUGCGUGCAGGUCAUCUCUGACGACCAUCCUUGAGAAGCUCAGCGAGGGUGCGGCUGGGGUGUCUCUCGCACAGUCCAUGCAGGCUGACGCCGCCACCAUGACGCCGACCCAUUUCGUCGAGUCACACAUCGACCGGUAUUCAAGAAAGAUCCCAUGACGGCCGUUUCUUCCGUCUGAUGUUUUGCGGUGGGCUGCAGCAACUAUGAGUGGAACGAGUGGAAGCUGCGCGGCACAGCGCUGCACUACGCCGACAUCAUGAACAAGACCACCAUGUCCACACAGACCAACGGCUCCAACUUCAGGUCAACCAACCCCCAGAGACACACCACAAGACCCCACACACUAAUGCGCUUUCUUCCUCUGCCUUUCACCAGGCGUGAGGCGGAGACGCAGGUGUGGCCCCCCCGGGACACGUCGACCAACACAUUGCAGAACCGCGGCACCAACCCCCCGAGGCACCACAGGUAUCUGCGGGGGCUGCGGGGCCACAAGGAGGACAGACUCAAGGUGGUCGACCUCAAGUUCGAACUCUGAUCAUGGAUGGCCUCACGGAUGGAUGGGCGGGGGUGGAUGUGUGUGGUCGAUUGUGUGUGGCGGAGGGAUUUCUUCGGGAUUGUUUGUUGGUUCAUUAAUUCAAUUGCUGUUCGUGUUCAUGUUAGACUCCACUUAACGGAUGGGUGCAUGGAAGUGCUGUCUGUCUCCUGGUGUGGCGACGGUGUGUGCCCUCGGUACCAUCAAUCAUCA